AUGACUUGGCAUAAUGCGGAUGUCUACAUUCUAAACAACACAAUGGCCUCCCUUACCGACUUCUUCACUGCCUUCGACGCCGCUGCCUCCAAGGAGAAAUUCACCCCCGCCCUGCAGUCGGCUGCCGCCUCCAUCGACAAGGCCGCUCUGCAGGCUGCGCUUGACGCCGUCCUCGCCGGCGGCGACGACGCCACCGCAGCCGGGAACGAUGCCGUCCUGAAGGCCGGUUUCGAGUUUGCCACGGAACUGGUUAAGAUGCUCGAGAAGGAGCCCGGGCCGGAGGAGAAGUUGGGACUGUACAAGUACUUCAAGCAGGCGAGGGGCGAGAAGCCUGCUGAGCCGUCGUUCUAUCAGAUGGAGGCCAAGUUCAAGUAUAAUGCCUGGAAGGAGAUUAGCCACAUCAGUGCGCAGAAGGCUCAGGCGCUGUAUAUCAAGCAGGUGAAUGAUUUGAUUAACAAGUACGGCACCCGUGCGUAG